AUGAUAAGCACCAUCUUAGCUUGCUUUAAAAUUAAAGCAUCACAUAAAAAGGUAAAAGUAGAGCAAACAAAAGUUGUAUACAAAUAUGAGUUACCUAAAAAGAAACCUACAUGCAAGACAGUGAAGAAAAAGGUUCGGUUUGUAGAUUCAGAACCAACCAUUUUGGGAGAAGAAAACAAUGAAGAAGUUGAGAAGAGAAGAUGUAAUAGUAAUGAUGGUUUAGUAGAAAAAGAGGGAAUUAGAGUGACUAUUAGAUUAACAAAGCAACAAGCAGUUGAGUUGUUAUCAAAAUGCAAUGGAAGUGUUGUUGAAUUGAAGGAUGUUGCUCGUGAGUUACUUUCUGUUCAAGGGAAAUGA